CAUUAUCAGAUGAAGCAAAACGAUCAUAUCGAAUACCUCAAAAAAGAUAUAUAUGGCUAGAGUUGGAACUUCUCAAACCGACAAUGAACCUCGGCUAUCCAGAUGAAUGCGAUCAAGUCCGGGUCAUAAUAUGCGAUUCUCCAACAGGACUCUUCAAAGAAACCAUACACUUCUCAUAAUUCACAUCUUGGGAUUUCUUACAAUUGACCACAGCCAUGUCUGUUCUUGCUCCAUCCAGACCCCUCGAUGAAUUCGAACAGCUCGUCUACGAGUACACCCUGCGCAUGGGCUUAGGGGAGGACAGCGAUGAAAACAACAAGUACUGGGGCAUUGAUGCCAAAUCCUGCAACCUCCGUUUCGAAUCCGCAACCAAAGGCCCUCCUCCGCAAGUCUCCUACCUCCUAACCAUCCCCCAGAAUCUCUGCAACUACAUGGGAAAUCUCCACGGGGGCUGCACGGCCACUCUCAUCGACAUCCUUUCUACUACAAUCCUCUUGGGAAUGUCGCGCCCGGGUGUGUUCGCCUUGGGAGGGGUUAGUCGUCAUUUAAAAACGACGUAUCUGCGGCCGGUUCCGCAGGGGACGGAGGUUCGGUUGACUUGCACAUUGGUGCAGAUGGGUAAACGGUUGGCCUUUUUGAGGGCGGAUAUCUCGAGGGUUGAUAAUGGAGAUAUCUGUGUGUUGGGGGAGCAUGAGAAGGCUAAUACGGAUCCCGCUGAGGAGAAGUUGUAAGGGUGUUGGUGCCUCUUAGUUGUACAUAAGCAAUUCGGGCCUAUUCUGGGCUUGUAUAUACCCAUCGACUGCAGGAAAGGAAAGGGAGAAUUCUGUCUGACAGCAGCGAUAUUAUCAACCACACACCAAAGACUCAGAAAAAAGAAACGUGGUAAUCCAACAUGCUAUCUGAUCAUAUAAGAAUAAGAGCAAAGGCACAAGUCCAGGGAAUCAUUGCUCCCCCAAAACGACGAUAUAUUACCCAGUCUUAACCGGAAACGCAUACAAUCACAUUUACUCUUCAGCAAGCUUCUGGUCCUCCCUCAGUCCCUCAACAACCAACUCCUCACCAGCGGCACGACGGUAAAUAUCCCGCACAU